AUGAAGAACACACUGCCAGUGAAAGACAUAAAAGAAAAAUGGCUCAGGAUGAAAGAGACUGUCAGAUUACCCAGCAGUACCAAGCCUCGACUGCGACCAAGUGCCUUACUUGCUAGAAGAAGUCAGAAAGCAGCCAAGAACCCUCAGAGAUCAUCAAGUGAAAUAAGAGGAAACAAGCAUCCAUUUGCUCUUUAUGGGUAGGGAGAGAAACAGACAGAUACGGGAAGCCAGAAAACUCACGUCUGUGCUUCUGCCCCGGUGCACGAGAUUCAUGAACCAGCAUUGCGAACCAGGAACAGGAGGCAGGUGGAGAAAAGGAGGCUGGUGGCUCAGAGGCAGAGCACUCACUCUGCAGACAUGGAGAAAAACAGAAGGAGACCGCCGCCCUCCCUGGACAACCCGUGGAUGACAGGGUAUAUGAGACGCUACUCAGCAAGGCUUAAAGGAAGAGACAAGCAGCUGCUCUGA